GCCAUCUAUAUCAAGUAUCCUUCCUUCAUACAUAUCCUUGUCCUAGGAUUCAGGCCAGGAUCAGUCAUUACCACUACAGAACUAGCUUUCAACUCUUCACAGUCUGUGCCAUCAGACCAUGAUAUCGCAACUUCAUUAUUGAGUAACACAACAGCUGUCAAGGCCCUGAACAUGAGUUCUAAUACUGUCAUGGUUAAUGAUAAAGAAUUUACAAUAGUGACAACCUCUACUGCUCCAACAACAGAAACAACUGUAGUCACAACAACUCUUGUUGGAACAUCCACCAGCAGUUUAGCAGUUACCACUACAGUGCAACCAACAGCUUCUUCAUUGACCUCGACCACUCUCUCCUCAACAGUCUUUGACAGAACAACUAUUAGUACAUCUGGAAUGUCUACAAGACCAACAACAGCAUUCUCUGCCUUCAUGAGUACAGCCAAAAUGUCUACAAGACCAACAACAGCAUUCUCAGCUCUCAUGACAAAUAUCACAAGUGCAGCAAUGUACACAGGACCAAAAACAACAACUUCAGUUUUUACUUCAUUGACUCCCUCUUCAACUACAUUCAAGACUACGACUGGUAGUACAACUAGAACAUCAACAAAAUCAUUUGCCUCAACCACUAAUACAACCACUGCCUCAACCACUAAUACAACCACUGCCUCAACCACUAAUACAACAACAACAACAAGACCCUCGACAUCUUCCACAACUAAAGUGACUACAAUUUCAACUACAAGAUUUGUACCCGUGUAUCUAACAGACCUGGUGUUCCGUUCUUUUGACAUAUAUAUUGUUGAACUCAACGAUUCAAACUCUCAGGCUUUCAAGACAAGGGCUCAGCUUGUCAUAGCACAGCUUGACCCAAUCUACAGAGCCAGAUAUCCUUCCUUCAUCAGAGUGAUUGUCAUAAGUUUCAGCCCAGGGUCAAUCAUCACAACAACACAACUAGUUUUCAACUCCACGGAAACUGUCCCAUCAGUUGGAGAGAUUUCAAACACCCUCUUGACAGCAGUAGGAACAGGAGUUGUCAAUCCACUGAACAUAAUUCCUUCGUCAGUUUCAGUCAAUGGUUCAGUUAUUGCUACGACUGUAGCUGCUUUAACUACAGUGUCAAGUGGAUUAAAGAUUGAAUUCAGUCUGCUCCAAACAACAUGGCUCAUUAUUAUGGCAAAAAUAUUAAGGCUUUUCCUAUAGAUCCUUUAACAAUGAAUCAACCAAGGAUGCAAUUUCAGCAAAGCAUGCUCUAAUGAAUUAUACUAGCAAAUUAUAUUAUUUACGUAUGUGUAUUAUGCAUUAUUUACUGUUGUAGCAAAAUCUUAAAAUAUGACAAUGGCUAUAUAAAUAGAAGCCUAAAAUUGCAUUGAUUUUCAAGAGCACAAUUUGUAAAGAGAAAAAAUAUUAUAUAUUUAUCAGAGGUUGUUGAGAUUUAUCCUAUUUUGAUAUUGUUCCUCACAGUAUUUUUAUAUGUAAUACUUUUGUUCAGCUGUCUGCAGGUUAAAGACUCUUUAUAGUUUUAUUUUGUCUAGUAUAUGCCAACAUUGCAAUAUCUUAUAUCUUGUAAUAAUCAAAUAAACAUAUUUAUUGAGUUCAUAUAAUCCAAAAUUGUUUUAUAUAAAACCACCAAUUGUGUGAAAUGAGAAAGAGAUGAAAAUGAAGAGAUCAUAAAAAUAUGAAGGAUUUAAACACAUACUUUUGUAUGUGUUUGUUUACAUCUAAAGAAAUACAUGUGUAUAUAUCCACAAUGAAUGUAAAACAUAGGCUUAUUUAAA